AAUUCCCCUACUACAAAAUCCCCAUAUGAUUAUCACAAGAUCUCAUACCCCUUUUCUCCUUUAUAUUUCCUCACAAUUUCCCCCAUUUUCAACCCCAGAAAGAAAAAAAGUAAGCUCUCUCUGACACAAAUGGCUGCUGUUAGCUUCCCAACUCUGUUCUUGAUUUUCUUGUUCUCUGCUUCUCUGCUAUUAUCUCCUUCAAGUUCCCAGAAAUGCAUCUCUCAAAAGUUCAAAACCGACAAAAUCUUUGCAAAUUGCACUGAUCUUCCUGUCUUGGAUUCCUACCUGCAUUUCACCUACAAUUCCUCCAAUUCCUCUCUCUCCAUAGCCUUCAUUGCUGCUCCUGAAAAACCAGAGGGCUGGAUUUCAUGGGCGAUUAACCCCACGGCCACUGGCAUGAUAGGCUCACAAGCUUUUAUAGCAUUCACAUCCGACGGCUCACUAGUUGUUAACACUUACAACAUUAGCAGCUACAAAAGGCGGCCGAAGGUAUCCAAGCUAUCGUUUGAUGUGUGGGAUCUGGGUGCAGAGUCCGACGGAAAAAAUAUCGUGAUAUUUGCAUCGGUGAAGUUGCCGGAGAAUGCACAAAGUCUGAACCAAGUUUGGCAGGUUGGGACACAUGUACGUGAUGGUGUACCAAGAAAGCAUCAUACGGCGGACGCCAACAAGAAAUCUACAGGGUUGUUGGAGCUUGUGGCAACUAGUUCUCCUGCUCCUAGCGGUGCUCCUGGUUCCGCUUCUGCUCCGACACCGUCUGCUGAGAAUUCUGGGAGCUUUUCUGGAAUUGGGAAGUUGGAUAUGAUUUUAUUUGUUGGAUUAUUUGUUUUGCUUGGAAUUUAGAGUGUUGGUUAAGUAAUUGAC